AUGCCGCUCUCCCGCUCCACCGGCCAAAUGCCCGAAGCCACUUGGACACUGGGCUUCAGGGAGAUGACAGAGCCCUGGAAAGGUGCCGUGGGCUGCCUCGGCGUCGCGGUGUUCUUUGCCAUGACCAUCGGCAUCAUCUCGUGGCAGGCGCUGGAGCAGUCGCCGGAGGAGUGGGUGCUGCGGGGCCGGCGGGGCGGGCUGCUGUGGGAGCGCCGGCGCGGGGCCCUGCUGCUGCGGGCGCUGCCGGCGGGGCGCAGGGUGGCCGUGGUGGCGGUGGGAGGGGUGCCGGCCGCGGAGCCCCCGCCGCCGCGCGACCGCUGCUGGCACGAUGGCGGCCAGUUCUGCUACGCAUGGGAGGAGGAUGCUGAGCUCCGGCUGUCCCUCGAGCCCCCGCCGGCCCCCGCCACCGAAUGCUACAGCGUCCGCUGGACCCCGCUGCGCCCCGAUGUGAUGCUGAAGGAUUGCUUCUCCAUGGUCAACAUCUCCUGGUAUGGAGGGCCGAGUCUCCCUGCCCAGCGCUGGCCACUCAAUGGCGCCGAGAGCCACGCUCAGCCCUUCGUCAGUGGAGACUUCAGCAAGAAUCCCAUGGGAUUCGGGCCUGUUCUGGAAAGAUACUUCUUGGGUUCAACAGGCGUGACAGUAACUGUGGCUCCCGAUGUGCCCGUGCUCCUCUCACUGGAGAGCAACCAGCAUUUCUGCCUGGAGUCGCCGGCGGGGAGAGCUGCCGAGCCCCUGCACUACACCCUCUGUGUCAGCACGGACAUCGCGGCCGCGCACCGGCACAUGGGCACCCAGCUCAGCGGGCAGGAACGGGCGCUGCCGGACACGGCCCUCCUGGGGUCUCCGAUCUGGCGGUAUUCUGGUCCAGCGGGCUCAGCUGCCAAAAUAAAACGAGGUCUGAGGUCACUGGCCAAGAGAUUGAAGCGACAUCGUCUUCAGGAGGGGGUGCUGGUCCUGGGGGAGCACUGCACUGCCAUCCUCGCUGCUGCGGACCAUGCCCCCUUGGAGCGGAGGAAGAGGCAGGAUCCGAGCCGUGCCUGGGACCCUUCCAUGCUGGCCCCGCUGCAGCUCGCUAUCACACUGUCCCCAUACACCAGCAUCUCCUCCCCGCUGUUCCUGCACACGCUGCAGGAUGGACACACAGCGACCUACUGGCUGAGCCUGCAGCCCCACAUCGGGGGCAGCCCGAUCCCUCUGCUGACCACAUGGAAGGGGCAGCUUUGUGCCCGCCUGAAUGUCACCAGCGAAGCGGCGCUGAGCUGGUAUCUGGCACGUGCCCGACGCCUGCGGCAGGUGCUGGGUGCCACGUACAUGGUGUUUGAGGGUGCUGAGGGCAACGCCUUCCUGGAGCAAGCUGUGCCCCCUCCUGCCGAGCUGGCAGGCGACCGGUACACCAGGGUGUUGGCAGAGGCACUGGCUACACUGGGAAACGCCACUGUCAUCAGCGCCGGUGCCAGAUCCAGUCACCUACCUCUCUUCAUCCAGAUGAGCCCCCUGCGCUCAGACUGGAGCCACGCUGGGCUGAAGGGGGUUAUUCCCUCUGUGUUGCACUACAGCCUCCUGGGCUACAACUUCUUCAUCCCUGAUGCAGUAGGAGGGAGCCUGGCUGGUGACACCCCAAGGGACAUGGAGCUCUACGUGAGGUGGCUGCAGAUUGUGACGUUUCUGCCUGUGAUGGCCUUCAGCACACCGCCCUGGCUCUGCUGCGAUGCCUGGGUCCUGAACCUCACCCGUCGCUGCAUCCAGAGGCACCGGGACUUUGUUGUGCCACUGCUCAUCAAAUACAGCUCGGAAUGGCUCAGCUCGGGGUAUCCCAUCUUCCGGCCAGCCUGGUGGCUCAGCCCCACGGAUCCAGCCGCUUUUACCAUUGAGGACGAGUUCCUCAUUGGAGAUGAGGUUCUGGUUGCCCCAAUAACAGACAAAGGGCAAACGUGGAGAGACAUCUACCUGCCUGGAGAGGGGCACCUCUGGAUGGACACCAACACUGCCCAUGUGUUCGAUGGAGGCACCAUCCUCAGGAAUUACUCUGCUGGCCUUGCAGAGGUGCCGGUCUUUGUGAAGACCUCCUAA